AUGGUUUAUUACUUUACGAGCAACGUGGUUACACCACCAUUUACGCUCUUCAUGGGUUUCGACAAGUACGAAAAUGAAGAACUGAUUAAAUGGGGAUGGCCAGAAGAUGUUUGGUUUCACGUUGAUAAAGUUUCAUCUGCUCAUGUUUACUUAAGAUUAAAAUCAGGUCAAACGAUAGAUGAUGUACCGCAAGCAGUCAUUGAAGAUGCUGCACAACUUGUUAAAGCAAAUAGCAUUCAAGGAAAUAAAAUGAAUGAUAUUGAUGUUGUCUAUACAAUGUGGAGCAAUCUGAAAAAGACUGACAGCAUGGAUGUAGGAGAAGUUUUUUUUUUUAAAGACAAAGAAGUUAGGAGAAUAAGAGUACCUGAAAGAAUAAAUGAAAUAGUCAACAGGUUAAAUAAAACUAAAAAAGAAGGACAUCCAGAUUUUAGAAGCGAAAGAGAACAGAGAGAUAGAGAAGAAAGAGAAUUGAGAAAAAAAUUACUUAGAAAGCAAAAAGAAAAAGAAAAAGAAGAGGAAGCGAGAAAGAAAAAAGAAGCAGAAUUACGAAGUUAUAGCACGCUGUUUAAACCGGAAAACAUGACAUCGAAUCAAGGCGAUGGCUACGACUCGGAUGAUUUCAUGUAA